AAAAAGUUGACAUUUCGGUUUUGAAAAAUUCUCACCAUAUCCUGUGGAAAUGAGGAAGGAAGUUGAAACUGCUUUUUGGAGAGUAUAAAUUAGGAGCCAAUCAAGGUGAUGGGCAUUCAGAUCUGGCUUUUUGUCUCUUGCAAAAUUAAGCUGAACCGCAAAGGAACUCUGUGAAGACAUGAAUUCUCUCAGAGUAUUUACUGUGCUGUCCCUGGUGCUCAACCUUGAGAAUGCACAUUGUCAGCUCUCCGAAAGCAGCUGUAAACAUUUUGCAGACAUCCUGCCUCUUAGACUCCGAGAGCUGAGGGUCACGUUUUAUGAGAUCAAAGAUUAUUUUCAAGCCAGAGAUAAUGAGGCAGACAUCAUGUUGUUAAAAGAGGAUUUACUGGAAGAUUUCAAGGGGUACCUGGGAUGCCAGUCAGUGGCAGAAAUUAUCCAGUUUUAUCUGGAGGAUGUCUUGCCUAAUGUAACUACUGGCAACACCAUUGAGCGGAGUGUAGGCUUUCUUGGAAAUAUGCUACUGGAUCUAAGACAGACAAUCAAGCGCUGUCAUAGGUUCUUCAUCUGUGAAAAGAAGAGUAAAACAAUAAAGAACAUCAAAGAAACUUAUGAAAAGCUGCAAGACAAAGGCAUCUACAAAGCAAUGGGAGAGUUUGACAUUUUCAUUAACUACAUUGAAGAAUAUCUGACAAUGAAGAUGAAAAACUGAAAUUCUUCUUUUUACCUCAGGGAAGCUGUUACUUUUUAAAUAAUGUAACAGGUUAGAUGCAAUUCAUUGGAAUACACUUUACAAAAGGUGUUAUGAGAAAUCAAUAACAUCAAUACCACAAUAACAUACUAUUUUUUAACUUAAGUUUAUUUAUUAACACAGAUACCUCAGUGUUUUCAGUGCUGUAUACAUUUUAGAAAUAGAAAGCCUCUCACAUAAUUUGAGUGUUUUUUGUGUUUUUCAUAGUGCAUUAUUGUCCUUUUAUUUUAGCUUAGAAAUGAUCGAACUUGCAGCAUUCCAUGAAACCCUUUUGAGGAAGUGAGAAAUAGUACCAAUAGUUUCUGAAUCUGUACUAUGUUUGAGUUAGCAUGUUUGGACUUAAAUCUCAGCGCUAUGAGCCAAACACAUUGCUAAAUUCAGCAAGGGGUUAUUUGCUGGAACAAUAUUCAGUAUCGCUGAAAGUGCUAGUGUUUCCAUUUCUGGUCAGAUGUUAAGUGUUAGGUCAAAAAAACAGCCACCAGGUUAUUAGCUAAGACUAGUCAUCUCACCAGGGCUUAAAGAGCCACACCAAAUCUUGGUCCAUAUCCAAGCACAAUUCAAAGUGUUUGCGCUCACCUUUAAAUCAGGGGUGGCUAACAUGUGGCCUUCCGGAUGUUUUGGGCUACAACUCCUAUCAGCCCCCUCAGCAUGUCCAACGGUCAGGGAUGGCACAAGUUGCAGUCCAGCAGCAUUUGGAGAGCCACAAACUGGCAACACUUGCUUUUAAAGCCCUACAAGUUGGGAAAGGAGGAGGUACCAAAAAGAACCACUUUCCCAUACACUGAAAUCUGCUUGGGAGGGUCUUCUCCAGGUGGCACACUAUUUGUGGUUAGGUGGGAAGCAACUGGAAAGAAAGCUUUCUUGGUUGAGGCCACCCCAGUUCUCUGCCCAGGGAGGAGGAGGAUCUGGUGGCUAUGCUGUUAUUUUUUUAAGCACAUUGAGUUAAUUUUUUUUUGUUCUCCCACAAUCUUUCAUCACCUAUUUUUAUUUCUGCUGGGUUGCUUUUAAUUUUGCCUUUUUAGUAGUUUGUGUUAUUUAUUGUGCUUUUGACUGUAUUUUGAUAGCAUUUUCUUUUUUACCCUGAAUUUGUUUUUAAAUGAAGGAUGGCGGAAACUUAUGAAUGAAUGAAUACCUCAGACAAGGACAAACAUGUAUUGAAAUGUUUUAAAAUUCAAAAUAAUUGCUUUCACUCAUGUUGAAAUUAUUCAGGUCUUUGCAAGCACUAUAGUAACAAACGUAUUGCAAGUUUUAGUGCCUCCACCAUCAAUGCAUCAAAUCACCAUGUGUUUAUGUAAUUUUUGUGUGGAUCUGGGUGACAGUUGCCUUGACAAAUGUGAGAUCAUUACUGCUUCUAGUUUUUUUAAAAAGGAACUAAACAUUUUUUCUGCAUCAGAAUGACUUUUUAGCUUUCCUUUUCCCCUUGAAAUAAUUCUUUUAUCAUCUAAGCAUGUAAGGAAAUGUGGAGCCCUUUGUUUAUGUCCAACACACUCUGAACUCAUGAUAAAUAAAUAAAAUUU